GACACGACGACCACGGAGCCUGAGGUCAAAGGUCACCUGCGUGUCAAAAGAGGCUUCAUCGUUCCAGGAACUCUUUGGUGUGGAUCUGGAAACAAGGCGCCGUCUUAUGACGACUUAGGCGUCUUUUCCGACACGGACAGCUGCUGCCGCCAGCACGACCAGUGCCAGCACGCCAUCUUGUCCUUUCACUCCCGCUUUGGCGUCUUCAACUCCAACAUCUUCACCAUGUCUCACUGCGACUGCGACAACAAGUUCCGCCGCUGCCUGCUGGAGGCGAAGGACAGCAUGGCCGCCGUGGUGGGCUACACCUUCUUCAACGUGCUGCACAUGCACUGCUUCCACUUGUCACGCAGGCUGCAGUGUGCACAGAGGAACUGGUUUGGGACGUGCAAGGAAAGCAAGAUGGCGUUGUACGCCGAGGUCCACCCGCCCACGCCCUACCAGUCCAGCGACCCCACGGCAACCAGCGUCCCAGACAUGUCCUUAGCUUUGAUGUCCCUGACCACGCCCCCUUCAGUCUUGUCCACGCCAGCUGUAUCUUCGCCUGAGAACGGCAGCAGCCAAUCAGAGGCCAGUAUGGGCCAGAAGGGAUCCUGCAGUGUCUUUAAGCUCCUGGAUGAGUGCAGGGACAAAAUCCCCCCCAAGAAGACCAGAUUUGGACUCUUCAACUCCGAGUCCAAGACCAUGUACCACUGCCGCUGCACCCGCAGAACCUUCCACACUUUGACCCGACAGCACCAGCCGCUGACCCCGGUGCAGAACGUCCUGCUGGGCCUCGUGUCCACAUCAUGCUUCCUGCAAAAGGACGAAACACACGAGCAAAUCAGCAGCAGCGGGUCACCUGCGGUCCUGCGGGAAGCAGAACUUUCCAGGCUGCGGUCCAAUGCUGAUGCGGAGGAGCAGCGCCACCUAGAGGCCGUGCUGGAGAAGGGCAGAAGAAGACGAGGAGGGGUCAAAGUUCACAAAGUUUGUAUGAGGAUGCUGAGACACAAAGUCCACAAGGCAGGAAGUGUGAACACAUGAAGGAAAAGCUCAUUGUUAUUAUUUUUAUCCUCCCAAUAAUUUUAAAGCUCAGAAACUACUGACAAACAUUUAAUUUAGAAACAUUCUUCUGGUUUAUUUUCUGUGCAUCAACUACUUCAAUGAUUCAGUGAGCCGUUUUAAAUGUAAAUAUGUGUGGAAAUUCUAUCUUUUUCAGUGACGACAUGGCUGAGUGAGUUGAAUGUUUUGGAUCUGCUGUGACUUGUAAAUGGAAAUUAAAAAUGUAAAUCCAUGCAAUAAA